UAGACACGGGUGGAGACUCGAUGGGGAGUUAAAGUUGAAGGACGUUGGGAAGGGGGUAAGGUACGUUCGAUAAGCAAGUGAUUAACUCAGGGGCUCACCACACCGAAGACCUAAGUCAGAUUUCCAGACAGGUACGUGUGAAUCCUCAGGAGCCCCCAACCUUCCGAGAACUGUUUUAUGUGCUUGACCAUAUUUGGAGGUGCAUCUGUUUGUCAGCCAAUCGGAACAUUGUUAUUGAAGGGGGGCCUUGGAAACCUACGGAGUAUACAGUCCACGACAUACGAGGCCAAGCACAUAAGCGAUCUCACCCGGUUUUCAGGGUUCUUCAGCACAUGAGAUGGGGUUCUCUCAAGCAUCUCUCUUGUCCAAGAUCGGGCUUGGACUUUGUGUGGCUGGCCUGAUUUUUGACCUCAUUGGCUUCCCAUCACCGGGUUGGGCGACAUUCACUAUAAAUUCAGUAAAAUUUUCGGUUGGAUUGUUCCAGAUAUGUGCUUAUUCAUCCGGUUCAUUAGAGUGUAUACAAAUACCUGGCGUCAUCCCUGACUGGUACGACGCAGUGAGAGCCCUGUCCAUAGUUGGGUUUCUGCUGGGACUGGCUUGCGUGGUUGUGUUGUGCAUCUACGUGCUGGUGAAGAACGACUUGAAGCCGUUACAGAUCUGUGCACUGGUGCUGGCCUUCCUCUCAGCAACUUUCAUCCUCGCUGGGGCGAUCCUUUAUGCAGACAAGCAGGAACACAGAAACCUAGGCUGGUCGUUUGCUCUCACAGUUGUCGGGGCGGUGUUGCUCCUGAUAGGGGGGAUUGUCCUGACGGUGGACAAAAUAAUUGGAUGACUCAGGGCCGGGAGUGGGUGAAGUGGAUGGCUGUAUUCUCAUUCAAACUAAACGAAGCCAAAAAUAUUUACUCUUUGUAGACAACGAUUGUUCUUUACUCGUAUAACUGUUAAUACGGUUGUCUUAUACACAGGAGCAGUCGGGUAGCCCAGUGGUUAAAGCGGUCAUUUUUUACGAGUCUACACAUGUAGAUAAACAUAUGUCAUGGUUAACUUUUAGUGAGAAAAUAUGCUGAAACGAGAAAAACCUUGUCCAUUUGCGUAGUUUUCCUUUGUUUACAUCACGUGCUGUCAUCGAAGCCAGACGGAGUGUGAGAGUUACGUUCACCUUGAUGAAUAAAUAUAUUUUGUUGUGUACCUCACAGUUGCAAUGUUUUAGUAGCAUAUCUAUAUAAUUAUGCAAAACAAUAUGUAAAGCCCCCGGCUGUUCUGAUUUUAGCGUUUGUUCUAAAACGAGAGAAAAGUCUGGUCAUGUGACAGGCUAUGCAAAUUAGCCCGUGGCAGUGGUGUUAUGCGAAGUUAUGUUACUUCUAAAAAAGACGAUUAAUUAAAAACUAGACGUAAAUUUUAAGACGUUUGCAUAUAUUGUCUUAGACAUUUUUUUUAUAAAUUAAGUUCAGGUGAGUAGUUGUAAUAUUUUCAUUCCAAAGCUGAAAUAUAGAUAUUUUGAAAUUGUGUUAUUCAUGAUGUAGUCAUUUCUUUCUGGACGUAUUUUUCCUUAAUUGAGAGUCAUAUACGCAAGAAUUCUGCAUCAGGGGAAACCCUGGUUAGGGUUUGAAAAAUUCAUUAUAACAAUGGAAAAUUAUUAAAAUCAUUUUUUUUUCCUUUUGACUGCACCCCUCCAUAUGACACAGAUUAUAUGUACUAAGUUUGAGAUGAAUCCACUGAAUAGUUCAAGAGAAAUCGCGCAGACAAAGCUUUCGGACGGACGGACGGACGGACGGACGGACGGAAUAAUAAAAAAAUGGUGAAAUCUACCCAGCUCUCUUUCUUAAGCUUGUUACAUGGGUGAUACCAUUUUACUUAAUCAAGGGUACAGGGUGCUAUUUACUGAUGCAGCCAGCCAUAACGAGUGUUGUUUUAACGGAUCUGCGUUUUGGCAGGUUUACGUUUUGGGAAGAUACCUUAAAGCGUUCGCUCGUCACGCCGAAGACCCGGGUUCGAUCCCCGACAUGGGGACAAUGUUUGAAGCCCAUUUCUAGUGUCACCCGCCGUGAUUUUGCUGGAAUAUUUGCGGCGUUAAACCAUACUCACUCACUGUAAUAUGCAUAUGUAACUACUGCUUAUUUGAGUAAGAAUGGGAGAGCGAGACAGACAGAAAAAUAAGAUAUACAUAUAUGUUUCAUGGCAAUAUUACAAUAGUUAAGUUCAUCAUAAACACAGAAUGUUCGGAGUGUUGCUCAUUGAAAAAUAAAGAAUUUUAAACCUA